AUGUUCGAGGACAGGAGUCGUUCGUCAAACACCUUCUAUUCCCUUUCUGCCCCGCGUAGCGUGUCCCAGGAGAGAAGGCGGAGGGACGAGGGAGACGUAGACGCAGAGAGGCGUAGACAGGGAAGUAAAGACGAGAGAGAAAGCGAAUGGUUUCUGGAGGAUGUUGCGGAUGGUGAGAUCUCUCCCAGGUGGCAUCCAUCAGAGCCUGGUGGUGGCGGGUUCGAGUUUACAGUCAGACCCUUCACAAGCAAGCAGAGGCUAAUGCCCAAAUCAACUUCGUCCGGGGGGACAGAAUGGAAAAGCAUAGCAGACGAGGAGGAGGGGGACUUGGAUGACCAGCGGUUCUCACUUGUGUCGAUAAUGGAGCCGUCGAAACGCGACUUGCCCAUUGACCUGAAGCGAAUGUCCAUGCUUUGGACGCAUGGAAACAUAUUCCGUGCUCUGCCCUCCCCAACGACGAAUUCACCGCCAUUGAGCUCGGACAGCGAAGUACCCCCCACGCAGAGCAUCCCACUGACACCAGCAAGAGCCCCACAAUUGAACAUAACCACAACAAUCACUGUGCAUUCACCGUCUCCCUCGCCCAUCUCAGCCGUCGUUUCAGCUUCGGCUACAUGGAGUAUUUUGGAGAUGUACGGCGUCAGCCCCGAAUCACCCAUGACCGAGCGGCCAUCCAGCCAUCAAUUUACGUCGAAGCCAGUUUCGUCGCCAUUUCCGCAGGUACCCAGUGCAUCAAAUGAGCCAAGCCUCUCCAUUACCGCCCAACCGCCAUCGAAUAUACCACCCGUCCCUCCCAUCCCUCCACAUCUUCGUUCGUGGUCCAAACAGUCUAUUCGUCCACUUCCCGUUGCUCCCCCUCCUUGUCCAGCUUCCACCUCUAAACACGUUCCGUCGCAGCCACAGCUGUCUAGGACACUUGUCCUUCAUGGACCACGCCCACGAUCGAGUACGCUGCCGGCGAAUCGUCGACAGGUGAUGGAAGCUAUCCAGAUGCCGUCGCCUGGCAUCUCUGAUCCUGGUGGACGAUGCAUCGCAUCCACAUUUCCUGACACACCGGAAUCAGCAACAAGAAGACGGGGCCUACUAGCGGUCAAGACAGGGGAUCAGCGCGGUUGA